AUGUAAAAUCAUCAACUCUAUUUAAUAUUGGACAUAAACUCUAAGUUCUUGAAGGCUUUGAAGGAGAAUUUCGUAGCAAUUCUAUAGUGUAUUAAGACUAGUUUGGGAUUGUAGUUGUGUACUGAUUUCCAUAAUUUAUUUACAAUCUACGCGAUAGACACUUAUGACAUCUAUUAACUAUACAGAAGUGGGGAGAAUUCAGGCUUUGAAUACAAUUCUGAAUUUCAAUAGGUCUUGAAGACUUUGUAUGAUAUCGUUUAGAAGAAGGGAGUGGAUGAUGUGUGGGAAUCAAAAAUAAUAAAAUGCUUAAGUUAAAUAAUGUGUCGGGUUAAUAAGGACCGAUAGACAUGUAAGGAUUCUAAAAUCACGUUCAUUACUUCACAAUUUUUCCAAUUAGGGUAGGAAUCCUACAAUAAAUACUUGAAAUUGUGCACUCAUGCUAGCAAAGAGAAAAUUCGGUUGGAUUUAUUGCAAAUUGACAUCUAGGCUCAAAGUGAACUUAAAUAGGAUGUGUUGGGGAAUGAAGGAUUGAAAUUGGGAGUGCAAUUGACAGCUGGAAUUGUCCAUGUAGUGAAAUAGGAUAAAAAUUUCAAUAAGAUUUUAGCGGAACUUUUGUUAUCAUCCUUCAAUCCGGGAGAUAUUUAUGGAUUCUAUUAGGCCAAAUUGAGUGAGUUGUAAUAUAAAUCAUUUUGCUCUUGUUGUAAUAAAGUCACAAAUCCUAUUGCUUAUGCUUGUUCAAGUUGUUUGACAAUUCAAUGUGAGAAAUCUCAUGCAACAAAACAAUGCACAAAGUGUAAUAAUUAUUUUCAUAAUGUUUCAUGA